CGUAAGUUUAACUUAUUAUUUAAGCAUGCAUAUAUAAUCUAAAUAGAUUAAGUCAAAUCAAAGAAUACUUUUAACAUUGGAUGAAACUCAAGUGAGUGCAAGAAUCAAACAAAGGUUUUCAAUACAGAAGGCAAAGAUGUACAAAUCGGUAUGGGAAGUUAUCCAUUCCUUGAUCUCUGAAUCCAGCCUUCAUGGAAUUCCCAGAAUCCUCUCCUCAAAACACUGGUAUCAACGAGCACUCUGGUUGUGUUUGGUUCUUGUCACGUUUGGAUUUUUAGUGAACCAACUCUAUCAACUCUCUUCCAACUACAAUAGCUAUCCAAUUAAAACAAAAGUUUCAAUGAAAAGAACUCCUCUUAGAUUUCCUUCUAUUUCGUUCUGUAAUUUGAACCCGGUAAAAAUGUCAAAGAUGAACCUCAUUCAGGGAACCGAUCUUUAUUAUCAGAUACUGCGCAUACGCAAUCCUAAUGACAACUUAGAUAUGUUUAAAAAUUUCAGUGGAAAUAAUGAUGUUUUUGGAAAUAACUAUUUGUACAAUGAAAACUUCAAUGGAAAUACUGAUUUAUACGGAGAUAACAUUUACGACCAAUCAGCCACCUGGGGAGAAAGCAAUACUAAUGAUGCUUUGAAACAUACCUACGACGAUUAUGGUGUAAACUUCCAGGACGAUUUAUCUCUCCUAGCAAAGUUCCUGGAGUAUGUUAAUGCUCAGAUAUCAUGGAAAAACGACCCACGAAGUGAAGAUGUAAAACGAUUUAAGAUUCUUUUUCAAAACGAGUCCAAAUCUACUCGGAAAGCGAUGGGACAUUCUAUUAAUGAUUUACUUAUUGGGUGUUCCUUCAACGGCAAACACUGUUCAGCAGAAAACUUCACCACAUUUCAAUCUCUGGACUAUGGAAAUUGUUACACCUUGGACAGCAAUCUAUUCAUGGCCAGAAGAGCAGGUCAGAUGCACGGUUUACAAAUAGUAUUACAAGUUGAAAAGUUUGAGCAAGUGGAGAACUUUUUGGAUGGGUCGGGUGUUCGACUGGUCAUACAUGAACCCGGAACUCUUCCGUUUCCUGAAGAAGAAGGGUUCACCCUUAGUCCUGGAUAUGAGACAAGCAUAGGAAUGAAAAUGGUUCAUUUGACUCGAACCCACCCUCCCCAUGGCCGAUGCGAUGAUGGAAAAAAAUUCUACCAAACAUACGGUGUACCUUACCGCAUGUCGACCUGCCUCCAUAUGUGCAGAAAUAUAAAGGUCACUGAUAUAUGCAAAUGCCGACCAUCAGAAAAUAUCGUAGAUAUUCCCUAUAUGGACAAGUUUUCAUCCCUUCCUGUCUGUUCUCUUGCAGCGAAAAGUAUUUAUGACGAAACUGCAUUCCACAUGGAGGCUUGUGAGCAUUACGUAUAUUAUCAAAUAGAAGAAAACAGCAUAAAGUGUGACUGUGAAAGUGCUUGCAGAGAGACUGUGUACAGGAGCACUCUCUCGGGUCGAGUGUGGCCGAAAGAAUCAUAUCUGAGAGAAGAACUGUUAACUUUAGCAUGUUCAGGAAGUAACUUUUCAUAUUGUCCAUAUCAACCAAUGGCAGCGAUACAGAUGGAUUACUUUAACGACAAUUUCCUUAAAAUGGUUAUUUAUUUCGAGGAUCUCAAUUUUGAGGAAAUCUCAGAAGAACCCCUGUAUGAUGGUUACCGCUUCCUCUCGGAUAUAGGCGGUGCGCUUGGACUCUUCUUGGGUGCGUCCAUUCUGAGUUUUGUUGAACUGGUUCAACUCAUGGUAGAAAUUUUAAACCACUUUCGACAUAUUAUUAUUAAGUAUUUGAAGAACAAAUCAGCUGGAAAGAAGAAGACUCUUAUUACCGUGAAACCAGUUCAAAGAUCAAAGGUCAAGAAUAGAGUGUUUACAGUGAGCAAGAUACAAAGUGAAGUCGUGUGAAAUUUUAAUCUUCAGGGGUGUGUAUUGUCAAGAAAGAGAUCUACCUAGUAACAAUUCAAGAUUUUAUGAUACUAAUAGAUGAACUUUUUUCGGUAAAGAAUAUUUUUUAUAAUAUUUUGAUUUAAAAUUCCAAUAUCUUCCCAUAUCUCUAAACAGAGCUCCGUCUCAUUCAAGGAGAUUGAUGAGGUAUAAAAUUGGCCACGACUACCCCGCCCUCUUGAUCAAAGAAAUGUAUAUAUUUGUAAUUUAUAGGUACAUGUAACGCAAGGUGAAAGGUCAAAACAGGUACAACAGACAAGAUUCAGGCAUCAUCCUAAAACGUUGUAACAUACAAUCAUGUACUUUUAUUACAACUGCUUGUAAAAUUUGCUUAUCUUUGAAUGAAUUAUAAAAAUUUCAAAUUACGUUUAUGUAUAUAUAAUAAAUUGUUAAGAACAUUUCUGAUUUUUUUUUAAAGUUUGACUUUUAAAAUGCAUGUAUAUAACUAUAUGGUUUCUAUAACAAUAUUUUUGAAUUUAUCAUUGAUUUGCAUUUUGUUAUGUUUUUAGCAAAAUGUAAUAUUCAUGUUGUAUUUAUUAUCAACUCGAUUGCAUUAUAUAACAAAGUAAUUUCUUCGUACCUGUAAACGGCAAGACUCGCUAAUUGAAAAAAAGUAAUAAGAUAUCAUUAUAACAUAACGGCGGUUACUUUAAACUGCUUAGUUCGAUUUGAUAUUAAAAUUUUAUGUACGUUUUUAAACGAUUGAUUUGCUUUGUUUGUAUAAAAUAAUAACAGUUUUGUUUACCAAAAAAUUUACAUUAGAUGGUACCGGGUUAUUUCACCCCUUAUUAAUAUUCACCCCCGACGCUGUGGCAGGUAUGAUUAGGUUACGACUUUUACGUUCGCUAAAACUGUAGGAAAUUAGAUUUUAAAAAAUGUUGUUUUUUUCACUGAUUCAUGAGGUUUUUUGUAUACAAUUGAUGCAGAAUAUUCGGGUCGAAUAAACCCAAUCAACCGGGGAAUGAAAUCAAACAGUUCCAUUUUUUAAACUCAACCAUGGCGUAUUCCCAUACUCAAAUUAUUUUUAGCUGUCUAUGCAGUUCACGUUUUAAUACUGAUUGUCAUAAUUUAUUUAGACUUUUAUUCCUUUUAUUGCAUUUCCAGGUAUUAUUCUUUAUUUACAAAAUUUUCUGAAAUAUGCGAUGUCUGCGUUAGACGGAAUUGUGGGUCUAUUGAUCCCUAAAUCCCACAUGACUUAAUGAAGCAAGGUUUACACAGUUUCUUUCGCGUGAACUUUAAUUUUUGGAAGAAAAGUCUAAAAAUUCACUAUAUUCAAUAAAUAUUGUUUCGAUUGUAUUUCGCGGGCUUUGAUUUAUAUUUAUUUUGUUCCUAUACAGUUGAGAGAUUUUGAAUAAAAAUUUGUUAUUUUAUAUUUAAUACCCAUUUUACGUUAUCAACUUCUUUGGCAAAAUGUAUAAGGGCAUGGUCACGUCAAAUUUUGUUUUUCUGUUUUUAUUAUUUACAAUGCUUUAGAUUUGAAUUUCUAAUUGGCAAAUGAAAUUUUAAAGUCAUCCAUAGCUUUACAGGCAAGUUACAGGGCUCAUUAUUCUUUGUCCUGUUAACAAGGCGCUUGCAAAGUUUUUGUUAACAUAGCCAGGUUAAUAUACCAGUAAAAUAGUUUUCCAAGCUGAUUUGUCUAUCUUCCAGUACAUUUUGAGCAUAAAUAAACAGUUUCUAAUGUUUGACACAUUCAGCUUAGGUCUAAAACUGGAAUUUUUCCUUCAACAUUCAAAAUGUAAACAAAAGCUUUGUUUACUACUUUGCA